GCAGCUGUCGCACGGACAGAAUAUAUUACCAUAUGUAACACAAACUCCAGUCAGUUCGUCUAACAAGUGACAUGAAGACUUACAUUGCUGUGAUUCUGGCCAUAGUGGGUCAGCUGGUCGCCGCGGAUCCUCAACAGCAACUGGCACUGUCGGCUGCGACCUCUGGCUUCUCACAGAGACUGUACCAGAAGGUGGCGCUGAACAGAGGCAAUGUCGUCUAUUCCCCCUACAGCAUUCAUUCAGCCCUAUCCAUGACGUCACUUGGUGCCCGCGGGGAAACUGCCACAGAAAUGGCAGAAACUCUUGGGGUCAGCUCUCUUGGUCCUGCCGUCCAUACAAUCUACAAGGAACUGAUAACACAGCUGAACUCUAAUACGGAUGUUGAGAUAAACACGGGAAACGCCAUUUUUGUCAACCCAAGGUACACGAUCGUGCCCCAGUUUGUUACCGAUGUCAGGGACUAUUACUUCGCCAAGGCAGAUUACUUUGACUUAUCUGCCCCUGGUGGCCCAGAAAGGAAAAUCAACGACUACAUUUACCGGGCGACGAAAAACACAAUUAUGAACACCCUGAAGAAAGAUUUCAUCAAACAAAAUACAGUCAUGCUGCUGGUGAACACACUUUUCUUUAACGGUACCUGGAAGUCUCAGUUCCCCAAACAAAACACACGUCCUGAAAGCUUCUACAAGACUGGCGGUCUAGUCAGUAAGGUCAACAUGAUGAAUGGCGACUUCGAGAUCUUCUACAAGGAAGACGCCACUAACAAAGUUGAUGUGGCCGAGCUGCCGUUUAAGGGAUCAAGAUUUAGUUUGUUCGUUGCACUGCCCAAUGAGGUGGAUGGAAUUAUUGGUUUAGAACAACUGCUGGCUACCCCUGGGAAGGCCGAUGAACUGUUCACAGGCUUGGAACAAACUUUUAUGUCUGUCAGCAUUCCUAAAUUUACCACAGAGACAGAAGUUGAGCUAAGCCAGAUUUUGAUAGACCUGGGUAUGGUGAAAGCUUUUAAUUCAGCGGACUUUUCUGGAAUGGUAAAACGUGCUGAUGCUGUUAUCGACAAAGUGAUUCACAAAACGAAGAUCGUUGUCAUGGAAACGGGGACUGUCGCUGCUGCAGCUACCGUAGUUUCCAUCGUGGAACGGGCAGCCUUUCGUGAGUUCAAAGCGGACCAUCCUUUCCUGUACUUCAUCAGAGACAAAGUGUCCGGACACAUUUUCUUCCAAGGAAAAUUCUCCGGCUAGUUAAUUAAAAACGAUGUUGUAUUGAGAAAAAUACUAAUAAAAGUUUAACCGAAAGCUAAGCCUCCUUAAUUUAUUUCUAUAUCAUUAUGAUUAGAGUGUAGGACUAAAAAGUGAUGAUACAUAUUGCUAUAAUGCUUUGUUCAGAUACAAAUUAUAUCCUACAGCAAAAAGGACUUUGAGGUAUUGAUGAAAAGAGAUGUGACCCACUUGAAACUUGAUUAAAUUAAUUAAUAAAAACACCAUUGUCUUUUUGUGAAAACAUGUUUUGCUUCCUAUUAGCCACUACCUGUAACAUGCCUGUUUAUUUUUAUUUUUUUUCAUUUUGUUGUAUUAAUUAUAAUACUGAAGAGAAAAUAAUGUGGUUAUCUUUGCCAUAACAUAAUAAAGCUUGAAAUGUAAACAAUCAA